CUGCAACAAAAAUCAAUAGUCGCCGCCAUAUUUUUUCACUCAACGAAAACCAACGCGCUUCGGACACCGAAUUAUGUUUAGAAAACUAAGUUAUUUAAGAUAAGCUACAGUUAAAAGUGCGCCGAGUGACCAAGUGAUCAGUAAGCAUCAACAGAAGCGAUUCCCCGUCGCCAGCAAUAGUCCCCUGAAUCGUCAGUCUCCGGCAUCCUAUCGCUGCUUCUUCUUCCUCCGGCUUCAGCAGUCUUAAACUCCGCGUCCAAGUGCGAGGUAUUCCAGUGCAAGUGCUAGUGCGUGUGAUCUAGUGUGCGAGAACAGCCAGCGAGGAGCAUGGAAGGAGCCUCAGUGUCCUCGCCAUCGAUGGGCGGCCCACGUGGCGGCGGUUUCCGCGGACGGGGUGGUGGAGCCCCAAUGCGCGGUGGCUUCGAUCGCGGACGUGGUCGUGGCGGUCGUGGACACUUUAUGGGUGGCAUGCGCGGAGGCGGCGGCAGCGGAAUGGGCGGAGGACCGCCCAUGCAGGGCAUGAUGUCGGGUCCUCCAAGGGGAAUGCGUGGUUCCCGAGGCGGUAUGGGCUAUCAGGGACGCGGCGGUGGCUAUCAGCCGCGUGGUGGCGCUCCCAUGGGCAUGCGGGGCGGUCGCCCGCCAUUGUAUUCGCAGCCUCCCAAACAACACACAGGUGCCGAGAACAACAAGACGGUAUCACCAGUGCCCACUUCGGCGAUCAGUGGAGACCAGCCAGCGGUUGAGGCGGACGGUGACGAGGUCACCGAUGGCCAGACAUCAGCAGUCGUCCCAUCUUCGAGCAACUCACAUGGCGGCAGUUCCGCUCCUGGUGGCAGCAACGGCGGGGGACCUCCUCCCUAUCUGGGCCGUGGACGUGGACGCGGUGGUCCCUUCAGCGGACGUGGACGUGGUGGCGGCGGCUACAAUUCGCACAUGAACGGCAGUGGAGGCGGCAGUAUGUACGGUGGCUCCCACAGCCAUCACGGCAAUUCCAUGGGCGGCGGUCCGGGCAGCGAGCACGGUUCGAUGCCCAGGCGCGGAGCUCCUCGGGGCAGGGGCGGCUACAAUCAAGGUAUGAGUCGGCCACCCUUGCAUCACCAUCAGGCACAUAAUCCCAAUACACAACUUGCACCGGUACCAGCUCUCAAACGCGGCGCUCCCGGUGGUCCUGGUCCCAAACGCGGUCGCUACGAGGGCGGUCCCUACGGCCAGCGGCCCAUGACGCCCAAGUACCAUUCCACCCAGCAGCAUAUGGGUGGUGGAGGGGGCGGCGGCAUGUCUUCGCAGUCCUCUUAUGGCUCGCCGCCAAGUCAUCAUGCGCCACAACAAAGCCAUCACAGCUAUCAGACCCACGACCAGACCCAGCAAGUGGAUCCCUACGCGCAGAGCGGCUACAGCACCCAGACCACUCAGCAGGGAUACAAUGGCUAUGGCCAGGGCAGCAGCAGCAGCUAUGCGGCUCACACAUCGCAGACAAGUGCUCCGGCGAGCAGCAGCUACGGCGCCCAUCACAGCACCGAAUACGAUCAGAGCCAGUAUCAGAACUACAACAGCUCGACGGGUUAUGCUGCUCCGCAGGACACGCGGUACCAGUCGUACAGCCAGGACUACAGCCAACAGUACGGCUCGACUGCAGUGGACUACAAUGCGACCGGACAAGCGGACUACAGCCAGCACGGAGCGCAGAGCACUGGCUAUGAUGAGCGUGCCUACGCGGGUUAUGAUUCGCAGGCCUACUCGCAGAACUAUUCAAACGCAGCCGCCUACUACUAAAAAUAAUAUACAGCUUCCCACUCCCACCCCUGACGGCACACUAGAGAUCAGAACGCUGCGCGUGCUUCGAUAGGCCAAGAAACCAAAUAAGAAGGGAUUAGGGCAGAAAAAUAUCGAGUAACAGGAAGGGAAUUUAUGUUGAAUGCAUUAAUUAACUUGCAAUACAUAAUACGCAACACACACACAUACGCGUUCACUCAAAACAUACAAUUUUAGUUGUUAGGAUAACAGUUCUCUUUUUCUUAGCAUUUAAGCAACACUAGUGUUUCGACGUCUUUCUACAUAAACCCCUACCCCAAAUUAA